AUGGAGCUUUUAGAAAUGAGUAUUCAGCACGAGCUCCUUACUGAAGCUGUUUCUAGGAACACUUCUGCCUUAUUGGAGUCUUUUAGCAUGGUGACACGCUCCUUUGAGAUUCUUGCUGAAGAAAGCUUUCCUGAAACUGUGGAAAAACAUUGUCCACUGACAACAUCCAAGGAUGAUACAGAUAACUACUAGUGUGUAGUGUCCAACACCCACACUGAUGCCAUCUACAUGGUAUCCUUGAUGAUGAGUAAAGAACUGAAACCACUGAAAGUGACUGAAAGACAGACAGCAGUGUUUGAAAUCCCUCUGCCAAAGAAAGUCCAAAACUUCACCUAGAAGUUCAAUGGGAAAGAGUUGAAGUGGGACGAUAAGUACGAAAUUGUCACAUCUGAUGAUGGAUUGGCCCAGACUGUGAAAAGUAAGGAUGUUCAGUCCAGUGACUUUAAAGAACUCAGUAUUGAGACUGGAGAUCUAGUGCAGAACACUCUGCUCUUCAUUUAUCAUAAGGGUUCCAAUUCAGCAAUUCACACCCAAGUGAAAAAGAAGGGACAAGCCUGCCUGGAGUUUGUGCUGACUUUUGAAGAUGUCACCCUGAAGGCGAUGAAGAAUGGACGAGUGAUUGAGACGUCUCCGAAGUACACCACGAAGCACGAAGGGAAGAAAGCAGAGCUUAUCAUUAAUGCUGCUGAGCCAGAAGAGAGCAGUUUCCCAAUGUUAUCCCCAGCACUGGGCUUUCCAGCUGUGCAGCUUGGCACGGAUUCUGUGGCCAGGGUUGAGUGUGGCUGGUGGUGGGCAGGGAAGCCCCGGCUCCUGGAGGAUGGGCACCAGGUCUGGGAUCCUGCUGAGCUCUUUGUUGUCCUGAAUAAUGCAAAGGUGGAAGGAAUAUGGCUCAAGGAUGGCAAAUAGAUUAUGGACAUGAAAAGGAUCUGGAUAGUGAAGCAGGGAGCCAUCCACAAACUCAUCACUGACAGAAUGGGAGAGGAGCGUGAAGGGAGGUAGACGUUCAGAGCCAAGGGGGCAGAGAGCGGAGCAACAGUUGCCACUGGAGAUUGUCCUGUUAUUGAAGAAACUGUCCUCGAGAUUUUUGCUGCAAAGAGCAUUACUGUGAAGACUAAGCCAGCAGGCAUCAAGGUGCCUUCCAAGGCAAAGCCAAUGCCCAAAGUCACAUGGUUCAAAGAUGAUAUUGAAGUGGCAAAGGAAGAGAAAGUAGUGAUGGAGAAAGCCAGUGAUGCGUUACUCACAAUCAAAACCUGUGUGAGAGAAGACAGUGGAGCUAUUAUGCUGAAUCUGAAAAGUCACUGUGGCUCAGCUUCUGACAAUCCUUACCUCAACUUUGUUAGCAAACCGAAACCCCUACAGGGGAAAGCAAAGUUCCUGCAAGUAUGGGGAAAAUGUAAAAUGAGAUGGAAAGCACCCAAAGGCAAUGUAGGAAAGCAGGUGACUCACUUCGUCAUAGAGAGGAGGGUGGCUGGAAAAAAAUUGUGGGUCAAAGUAGGGGCGGUGGAGAGCAACUACACCCCAUUUGCUAUCGAGAAGGUGGAGGAAGGGAAAGCCUACUGAUUCAGAAUACGUGCCAUCAACUCUGAGGGCCUCAUCAAGCCCCUGGAAACAGAAGAAAUUUUUGGUGGAGAACCUAUUAAGCCUCUGAGACAGGUGUGUCAGCCUCAAGUUGUAGAUGUCAGGAAAGAAGCUGUCACCAUCACCUGGAAUUCCCCAGCCCAGGAUGGAGGCUCCACAGUGCAAGGUUAAGUCAUAGAAAAAAGGAAGAAGGGCAGCAAUCUUUGUGUCCCAGUCAUCAAGGAGCCAGUCCAACGUACCAGAGUCAAAGUGGAUGGUUUUCUGGAGGAUACAGAUGAGUUCCGUAUGAUAGCUGUGAACUGUACAGGCCCUGGAUUUCUCAUCAUGCCCUCAACCUCUGUUGCAAAGGAUCCCAUCAAGCCUCCAGCACUGCUGAAGGUGGUGGAUUUUUCCAAUUCCAACAUUUCCUUAGCCUGGCAGGAGCCAGACCAGGGAGAUGUGCUGUCAGGAUACAUACUACAGAUGUGAGCUGCGGACGCCAAGAAAUGGACAAAAUGCACCAAGAUCCCUUUCUCUAGUACCACUUACACUGUGGGAGGCUUGCAGGAGAGACAAAUCUACUUCUGAACCCGAGCUGUGAAUGAAGCUGGUAUGGGAGAAGCAGUGGAGUUACAGGAAGGAAUUGUAACAAUACCACCUGAAGGCACUCAGUUUGAAUGGGAUGAACAGUUUGAUCUGACUGUGAGGCUGAAGAGCCACACGGUGGUUUGUGCGGGGACAGCACCAUGCAUUCAUACAUCUCUGUGAGAUUCUGGCUCACCACCACCACCAGUGAUGUGGCAAAAGGAAGGCAUAUCAACAAGAGGGAGGGCAAGAACCAUUCCCAGCCUUAUCCACAGCACCAAGCGAUUUGUUUCUGACCUGUACCAGAUCAUCCUCAAGAAUAGUUACAGAGAAGCCCCUUACGACAUUCAAAUGCAAGUUGCAGAUUUCCCUUGACCACCCACUAAUCUGCAGCUGUUUGAAGAAGUCCUAAACACUGUGACCCUAAAUUGUAGCUCAGAUGUAGAAGAUGACUAGCAGACUGAUUAUGGUGUCCUGAAAUGUGAUGUCAGUACCACCACAUGGUUCACAGCUGCAGAGAGAGUCUACAGCAGUAAGUACACUGUCGUAGGCCUGCUCCCAGGGAGGAAAUACUUCUUCUGAGUCAGUGCCUGCAGUGACACUGGGGACACGGACCCUCUGGAUUCAUAGGAGCAGUGGUACAUCUCCGAAGACAGAGAUGAGUAUCCCAGGAAGGACUGUGCUUCCCAUUUCAUCACCCCACUGUAGAACAACAGCAUGAGUCAUGGCAACAACUGUGCCAUGAGCUGUGCUUUCAUCAGAAACCCCCACCCAACAGUGACCCUGUACAAGGGCAAUAGCAUCACAUCCAAGUCUAAGUUGUGGUUCAACUCAACAAGUAGCAUCUAUACCACAGACACUGCACUGGAAAAAGAUGAUAAAAGCCUCCUGGACGCAGUGACAGAAAGUUCGCAGAAGUCAAAACACAAGACGUAA